AUGCUGCGAUGUUAUGAUGGAACCUGGACCGGAACCCCCCUGGUCUGCGAAGAGAAUUGUGGAGAACCACCAAUGCCAUCCGGCACCAUUCGAGACGGCUGUGACGCCCCCUACUUACAAGGAGAGGUGUGUAACUACCAAUGCCAAACCGGGUACAUUAAAGACCUCGGAGAUGACAGCCUGACCUGCAAUAAUGGAGCAUGGGAGGGGGAGGAACUGUUCUGUAAAGCGAAUUGUGAAGAACCAUCAACUCCAGGCAACACCGUCCUAAACACCUGUGACCCACCGGCACCACCCUAUUACCACGGGGCGGAGUGUACCCUCAAAUGCGCAGACGGGUUCACCAGCGUCGGCGGCGACGACAGGCUGACCUGCCGCGGUGGAGAAUGGAUCCUGAUCGGGGAAGAAGGCGAGGGCGUACUGGUAUGUGAAGAACAGACUACCACACCGUCUCCGGAACCGACUACCACACCACCUCAGGCAACAACGCCACCUCCAACAACCAUACAGACAGAGGAUUGUGAAGAUCCGCCAAUGCCAGACUGCACAAUCGUGAAUGGAUGUAUCGCCCCUUACACACACGGGGAGGUGUGUGACUACCAAUGUGAUCCAACGUCCACUGCAGACGGUGGCGACAACCGGCGGAUCUGCAAUGAUGGAAACUGGGACGGGGUUGACCUGGUCUGUAAAAAGGAUUGUGAAGAUCCGCCAAUGCCAGAUUGCACCACUGUAAAUGGCUGUGCCGCCCCCUACACACAUGGGGAGGUGUGUAACUACCAAUGUGAUGACGGGUCCACUGAACAAGGUGGCGACGACACACUGACCUGCAUCAAUGGAAACUGGGACGGGGAAGACCUGGUCUGUAAAAAGGAUUGUGAAGAUCCGCCAAUGCCAGACUGCACCACUGUAGCUGGCUGUGCUGCUCCCUACACACAUGGGGAGGUGUGCAACUACCUAUGUGAUGCCGGGUCCAUUGCAGACGGCGGCGACUUCGAGCGGACCUGCAAUGAUGGAAACUGGGAUGGGGUUGACCUGGUCUGCAAAAAGGAUUGUGAAGAUCCACCAAUGCUAGACUGUACGACAAUAGCUGGCUGUGCCGCCCCCUACACACACGGGGAGGUGUGCAACUACCGAUGUGAUUACGGUUCCACUAAACAAGGCGGCGACGACACACUGACCUGCAAUAAUGGAAACUGGAUUGGGGUUGACCUGGUCUGUAAAAGUAAAGCCAACACCGUCUCCGACUCCAUGGCCAGCUCUGCCUGA